UGUGUCCCGUGGUGCCACGUUUCACUACAUGACGUCAUCCCUGUCAGAGCCGGGAGGAUGCUGCGGCAGUAACGUGAACAACCGACACACACACACACACCGCCCCGCGUAUCGUCGUUCGGUCCCGGUCCCCUCCAGGUCGCGGACACGGCUCCUCUGCGCUCCUCUCUCCACCGACCAGCGCGCUCAUGUGAGCCGCGUCCUGUUCGGAGCUGCAGCCAUUUUGGUUUGUGACCGAGGAGCGAGCCGGUCGCAGCGGCGUCGCCGAGCAGCGCUGUAGAUCCGACCGGAGACGUUUCACGCAAGGGCCACACCGGGAAUCGAGUCCACCAUGAAUCCAGAAUAUGACUACUUAUUCAAGCUGCUCUUGAUUGGAGACUCUGGUGUCGGAAAGUCUUGCCUUCUUCUCCGAUUUGCCGAUGACACAUACACAGAAAGUUACAUUAGCACUAUUGGUGUGGACUUCAAAAUACGAACCAUAGAAUUGGAUGGAAAGACGAUUAAACUUCAGAUUUGGGAUACGGCGGGACAGGAGAGGUUUCGUACAAUAACAUCCAGCUACUACAGAGGUGCUCAUGGUAUCAUUGUAGUGUACGAUGUCACAGACCAGGAAUCCUUCAACAAUGUCAAACAGUGGCUACAGGAGAUCGAUCGCUACGCCAGUGAGAACGUCAACAAGCUAUUGGUUGGGAACAAGUGUGACCUGACGACAAAGAAAGUGGUGGAUUACACAACAGCAAAGGAGUUUGCAGACUCUCUGAGCAUCCCCUUUUUGGAAACCAGUGCCAAGAAUGCCACCAAUGUGGAGCAGGCCUUCAUGACAAUGGCUGCUGAAAUCAAAAAGAGGAUGGGCCCCGGGGCCGCAGCUGGAGGAGGGGAGAAGCCCAACGUGAAGCUGACCCCCGGCACUACUGUCAAGCCUUCAUCAGGAGGAUGCUGCUGAGAGAUACAACCUCCACUUUGACACCCCCACCCUGUGUCACAGGAAAUCCCUCACAACCAGACAGGACAGGGAAGACAUGAUCACAACAUGUGUAUGUGAGACCAAGAUGAAGUUACCUGUAUUUGUACUGUACUUACUGUAGCCGCAAUACCAACAACAAAUAAAGCAUUGUUUUUGCAUAGUGUCCUGUUUUUGAUGGCCCAGCCCUGACCCACUCACCCCAUCUCAGACCUCAAGGAGAAUUCAUUUUAUUUGCUCCUCUGUAAGCAGGUUCAUGAGGUGUGUGUGUUUGUCUCUGCACUCCUACUGAAAGGUUGCUAAACUAAUCGAAUUUGUUCGUAUAGAUCCUCUGUUGUUUCUCUUAUCCCCUCUGUGAAUACAUUGGUGUUUGUGUCACUGUCCGUCAGUCAGUCUUUCCUCAUUUGAAGGUGUUUUGUUAUUUUUCUCACCAACCUCUUCACUGCACUGCAGUAUGUCACGUUCAUCUAAUAUCUAGUGCAACAGUAUAUGUACAUAAACAGUAUGUAUAUAUUUGUAUUUGUAUAAGAUCUGAUUUGCUAGUUCUUUAGUGUUAAAUACAUUUUUGGAUUAGCCCUGAAUCUUUUUCUCUGCAUUAAAUCUGGCUGAAGACAA